GGUGGGGCCGCUCGUCACUUAUCGGGUCGCCGUUCUGCCCCCUUUCCCAGAGUGCUCUGCGCGCCGCGGCCUUGUUCGCGCCUUCAGCCCGCUGAGGAGCUGCUGCUGCUGCCACCAUGUCCGACUAUCCCGGAGCCCAGACCGGGAACCGCAAGGACGCCUUCGCCGACGCCGUGCAGAGGGCACGCCAGAUUGCAGCAAAAAUUGGCGGUGAGGUCACCGGUGGAGUCAAUAACACCCCAGAAUUUAACUUUGGCGGACAAAAAAGGCAGCUUGAAGAUGGAGACCUUUUUUUUAUUUGCUUUUCAGACCAACCAGAGUGUAAGAAAAUGGCCACGCAGAGCGAACUCCAACCACAACCUGCUCCUCUUUACCCUCCUCGGUCGGGUUCGGUGACUGAAGAGUAUCAUGUGCCAGACGGCAUGGUCGGACUCAUCAUCGGCCGUGGUGGGGAACAGAUAAAUAAGAUCCAGCAAGAGUCUGGAUGUAAAGUUCAGAUUUCUCCAGACAGUGGAGGGUUACCAGACAGAAUUGUGUCAUUAACUGGUUCCCAAGAUUCAGUUCAGAAAGCCAAGAUGAUGCUCGAUGAAAUCGUUGCGCGUGGUCGCGGGGGACCUCCUAGCCAGUUUCAUGACAACUCCAAUGGACAGAACGGAUCCCUACAAGAGAUCAUGAUCCCCGCCGGAAAAGCUGGGCUGAUUAUUGGCAAGGGUGGAGAAACAAUCAAACAGUUACAGGAGCGUGCCGGGGUCAAGAUGAUUCUUAUUCAAGAUGCCUCCCAGGGCACCAACGUGGACAAGCCUCUUCGAAUUGUUGGAGAGCCAUUCAAAGUGCAGCAAGCUUGUGAGAUGGUUAUGGAUCUCUUGAGAGAACGAGAUCAGGGUAACUUUGGAGGAGGAGGUGGUGGAGGAGGAGGAGGAGGCGGCGGCGGAGGAGGAGGAGGAAACGAAUAUGGUUCCAGAGGAGGAAUAGAUGUACCCGUCCCAAGGCAUUCUGUGGGGGUGGUGAUUGGACGCAACGGUGAGAUGAUUAAAAAAAUUCAGAACGACGCUGGUGUCCGCAUACAAUUUAAACAAGAUGAUGGGAGUGGUCCUGAUAAGAUAGCACACAUCAUGGGUCCUCCAGACAGGUGUGAUCAUGCAGCCAGGAUUAUUGGGGACCUGCUGCAGAGUUUGAGGAGUGGUCCACCUGGACCCCAGGGCCCUGGCAUGCCACAAGGUGGCAGGGGAAGGGGUAGAGGUCAAGGACCAUGGGGACCUCCUGGUGGUGAAAUGACAUUCUCUAUUCCUACUCAUAAAUGUGGCCUGGUGAUUGGCCGAGGUGGGGAGAACGUCAAGGCAAUUAACCAGCAGACGGGAGCAUUCGUGGAGAUCUCCCGACAACCGCCACCUAACGGUGACCCCAACUUUAAAAUGUUCAUCAUCCGUGGCUCGCCACAACAGAUCGAUCAUGCCAAACAGCUAAUUGAAGAAAAAAUUGAGGGUCCUCUUUGUCCGAUUGGGCCUGGUCCUCCUGGUCCUGGUCCAGCUGGACCCAUGGGACCAUUCAACCCUGGCCCUUACCCAACCGGACCCCCAGGAGCUCCUCCACAUCCGGGUCCUCCUCCUCCUCCACCCCCACACCAGUAUCCUCCACAAGGUUGGGGGAGCACGUAUCCCCAGUGGGGGCAGCCGCCAGCUCCUCACGACCCCACAAAACCUCCAGCCCCCACAGACCCCAGUGCAGCCUGGGCUGCCUAUUACUCACACUAUUACCAGCAGCCUCCUGCCCCCGUCCCCGGACAGCCUCCCGCUGUCCCCGUCCCGCCACCGCAAGGAGAACCGCCACAGCAGCCCCCACCUGCCAGCCAGCCUGACUACACGAAGGCCUGGGAAGAAUACUACAAGAAGAUGGGUCAGCAGACGCCUCAACCUGCUGGGCAGCCGGACUAUACAAAAGCAUGGGAGGAAUAUUACAAAAAACAAGCCGCCGCAGCAACUCCUGGUGCUCCCGCUGCAACAGCGGUAGCAGCCACCGCCACAGCAGCAACCGCUGUCCCGCCUGCAGUUCAGCCAGACUAUAGUGCGGCAUGGGCAGAGUAUUACAGACAGCAAGCAGCAUACUAUGGACAAGCACCAGGGGCCCCACCCACACAACCUCCUCCAGCACAGCCAGGGCCACAGACCCAGUGAAUGUCACUUUCCGUCACUCGUUGCCAGUCUGGAGAUAACGGCCUCUGCUGCUGACCUCAAUGAGGGGAGAAGCUGUUUAAAAAGUCCUCUAGUUGUAUUUUAUUUUUUGUUUUUUUUGUUUUGUUAUUUUUUUAGGUUCUUCCCCUCCUUCCUCCCCCCAGUUUUGUUUCCCCAUCUACAAAACACGACGUAAUCUGGCCGUUUGGAGGCCAUUUAGUGAGGGCCGGGUGUAGAACUUAGGACUAAUCUGAGAUCUCCUUGCCCUUCACUUUUCACCGCCCUCCUCCCCCUCCCCCCAAAAAAAGAUAAUGCGGUUUUAUUCACCGGAACAUCCCGUGAGUAAUGAACUUUAUUUUAUUUUUAUUUUUUAUGUAAAAGGAUGACUUCCCUUUGUCCCUGUGCUUUUAGUUGGUUGAACAUUCCCUGUCAACACCCCUCCCCCCCACCAACCAAUGCAGUCUGCCGGGCCCCCUCCAGCUGCAGCCCGGGCUCCGUGAAGUAUGCCAGUCACUCCCAGAACCGGGAGGAGGGGGAAGGGGGUUGUGAUGUGUUUGUCUUUUCAGAGACAUGAAAACUGUACGCUGAGUUUUUACUUUUUAUUGCCUGUUUUUAACUUCACAAUAAACAAUGACAAAACUCUCCCGA